AUGGAGAGGAGGUCAAAGCUUCGGUACGUACCGACUACGCACGGCCCUACUUACACUUGCGAUGCCCUCGGCUUCCACGGAACUUUUGUGCUCCUUUCUCAGUAAUCCGGCUUAAGGGUAUCCGUGUUAUGUAUUCACCAGGCUUCCGUGAAAUUGAUCCUUCAUCCGCUACUCUAGUGCUUGCCAUCCACAUUAUUCUUAUCUCCGUAUUUUUGGUGCCGCCGGCCGCAGCCCCGAGGAAGUAAUAUUGCUAUAAGGCCCCUUCCGUCACCUUUACGACCAGGGCUUUAAUUGCUAUCCCACGAGUUCAAUCCAUUCGCUUCUGGCCGGAUCUCUACUCGAAUAUAUACCACAACACCGCACCUACCUAUCAACCAACGUUCAGAAAUCGACAACCACACACCGCAAAACACGAUCCCCUCACAUCACACCUGGAUGGCUGAUCCGGUCAAAUCCCACAGCUCCGGUGGGUCAACAGCCUCGGACGACACCGUCUUCGAAGACAUCCACCGGCGAGAGAACCUCAACACCGCAAAUCCCCGUGGAAGCUCGAAUAUUUCCCAAGGUGUCGAUGUCGAAGCUGCCGAACAUGAGUUCCGUGAGCUCAGCUUGCAGAUGUCCCGGAUCUCAAAGACGGCAAGCGGUAGCCACAUCUCAAGGGUCCAAAGCCACCGGGAUGCGGCCCGUGCCACCGAUCCGGAGAAGGCCGGUGUCCAGGACGACGUGGCCGAGCAAUUCGACCUCGAAGAUCAUCUGCGUGGAAACGAGUCUUCGGAGAGGGAGGCAGGUAUCAGGCAGAAGCGAGCUGGUGUAAUAUGGCAAGACUUGACGGUCUCUGGUAUUGGCGGUAUGAAGAACCUCGUUAGGACGUUCCCCGAUGCGGUCGUUAGCUUUUUCAACAUUUAUGAUACAAUAAAGUCAAUCAUCGGAAUGUCAUCCGGCGGAGAGGAGGUCGAUAUCUUGAAGAAUUUCAAGGGUGUCCUGCAGCCUGGCGAGAUGUGUCUGGUCCUUGGCCGUCCUGGCUCUGGCUGCACUACCUUCUUGAAGGUCAUCGCAAAUCAGCGUUUCGGAUACACCAAGGUCGACGGCGAAGUCAUGUACGGACGGUUUUCGGCGGACACUUUCAGCAAGAGGUAUCGUGGUGAAAGUGUUUACAACGAGGAGGAUGAUGUUCACAACCCCACCCUUACUGUUAAGCAGACGUUGGAGUUCGCGCUGGAUACCAAGACACCUCGUAAGAGGCCCGCCGGAAUGUCCAAGCAGGAUUUCAAGGAAAAUAUUGUCAAUUUGUUGCUGAAGAUGUUCAAUAUCACGCAUACCAAGAACACCGUCGUUGGAAACCAGUUUGUCCGUGGUGUAUCCGGUGGUGAGAGGAAGCGUGUCUCCAUUGCGGAGAUGAUGAUCACCAAGGCUGCUGUGUGCAGUUGGGAUAACAGUACUCGUGGCUUGGAUGCUUCUACAGCUUUGGACUACGCCAAAUCUUUGAGGAUCAUGACGAAUGUUUACCAAACCACCACUUUCGUUUCGCUGUACCAAGCUUCGGAGAGCAUCUAUCAACAAUUCGACAAAGUUCUCGUUAUCGACAGCGGCCGCGAGGUCUACUUUGGACCUACAAAGGGAGCUCGUUCUUACUUUGAGGGUCUUGGAUUCGCUCCGAAGCCCCGCCAGACUACUCCGGACUACCUCACUGGUUGCACCGACGAGUGGGAGCGCGACUUCGCCGAAGGCCGAGAUGAAACCAACGUUCCAACUACCCCGCAAGGCCUCGAAGACGCAUUCCACAACAGUCCGCAAUUCGCCGCUCUGGAACACGAGAUGGCACAGUACCGUGAGAAGCUCCGCGAGGAGCAACACGUGCAUACCGAUUUCGAACUCGCUGCACGUGAUGAGAAGCGUCGUGGUGCGCGCGCCGAAUCCGUCUACACUGUCCCAUUCUACAUGCAAGUCUGGGCAUUGAUGAAGCGGCAGUUCCUGCUCAAGUGGGGUGACAAGUUCAGCUUGGCCGUCUCUUGGGCUACUUCGAUCAUUAUUGCCAUCGUCUUCGGUACCGUCUAUCUCAACCUCCCGGAAACCUCGAGCGGAGCUUUCACUCGUGGUGGUACACUCUUCAUGUCUCUUCUGUUCAAUGCUUUCCAGGCGUUCUCCGAGUUGGCUAGUACUAUGACUGGACGAGGGAUUGUCAACAAACAUCGGGCGUAUGCUUUCCACAGGCCAUCGGCACUCUGGAUAGCACAAAUCUGCGUCGACGUGGUAUUUGCCGCGCCGCUCAUUUUCGUGUUCUCUUGCAUCACAUAUUGGAUGUGCGGGUUGGCUCAAGAUGCUGGGGCGUUCUUCUUAUUCUGGAUUCUUAUCGUUUGCGGAUACCUGGCAAUGACGCUGUUCUUCAGAACCGUGGGAUGUGUUUGCCCUGACUUCGAUUAUGCCCUCAAGUUUGCUUCGCUCGUUAUCACUCUCUUCGUUCUCACGUCCGGCUAUCUACUGCCCAUGCCCGCACAAGGAAAGUGGAUCUCUUGGAUCUUCUACAUCAACGGGCUCGGCCUUGGGUUUUCGUCCCUCAUGAUGAAUGAGUUCAAGCGUGUCGACUUUAAGUGUGGCCCCGAGGCACUGAUUCCAUCCGGACCUGGCUAUGGCAAUCUCGAUCACCAGACUUGCACACUCCCUGGUGCCCAAGCCGGAUCGGACAUGAUCAUCGGCAGCGACUACGUCAAGACCAGCUUCUCGUACGACCCAGCCGAUCUGGGCCGCAACAUCGGUAUCCUCGUGGCCUUGAUCAUCGGUUUCCUCAUUUCCAACGCGCUUCUUGGAGAGUACUUCACCUACGGUGCCGGCGGAAAGACGGUUACCUUCUUCUCGGGAGAGAAUGCCGAGCGGAAGAAACUCAACCAGGCGCUGGUUGAGAAGCGGGAAGCACGCCGACUCAACAAGUUUGGUGAUGCGGAGGAAUCGGCGCUCAUCAUCGACUCGAAGUCUGUAUUGACUUGGGAGGAUCUGUGUUACACGGUGCCUGUGCCCGAAGGAGAGAUCCAACUUCUGAACCACAUCUUCGGAUACGUUAAGCCUGGACAGUUGACCGCGUUGAUGGGUGCUUCGGGAGCCGGAAAGACGACAUUGCUCGACGUGCUGGCUAGCAGGAAAUCUAUCGGUGUUAUUGCUGGUGACGUCUUGGUUGACGGAAAGCCAAAGGGUGUUGCAUUCCAGCGUGGUACUUCGUAUGCCGAGCAACUGGAUGUUCACGAGCCCACGCAGACUGUUCGCGAAGCACUUCGAUUUUCGGCUUACCUCAGACAACCGUUCGAGGUCCCCAUCGAGGAGAAGAAUGCCUACGUCGAGGAAGUUAUCGCCCUGCUUGAGAUGGAGAACAUCGCGGACGCAAUCAUCGGAAACCCCCAGAGUGGACUUGCUGUGGAGGAAAGAAAGCGUGUUACUAUCGGUGUCGAGCUGGCUGCAAAGCCUGAGCUUUUGCUUUUCCUUGAUGAGCCAACCUCCGGUCUCGACUCUCAGUCUGCCUAUAACAUUGUUCGAUUCUUGAAGAAACUGGCCAAUGCUGGACAAGCGAUUCUUUGCACCAUUCAUCAGCCCAACGCCAGCUUGUUCGAGAACUUCGAUCGUCUGCUCUUGCUCCAGCGCGGUGGUGAAUGUGUCUACUUUGGUGACAUCGGAAAGGACGCCGCAUCUCUGUUGGCCUACUUCGAGAAGCACGGUGCCCACUGUCCUCCCGACGCCAAUGUCGCCGAAUGGAUGCUCGACGCAAUUGGAGCCGGACAGGCAGCGCGUAUUGGAAACCGUGACUGGGCUGACAUCUGGCGUACAUCGGAGGAACUGGCCAACGUGAAGGCGCAAAUCUCGCAACUCAAGGAGGAGCGAGUCGCCGCGAUCGGAGCCGUACCAGCAGUCAUCCAGAACCAGUACGCCACACCGUUCGGUUACCAGCUCAUGCAGGUGAUGAAGCGCACGAACCUCGCAUUCUGGAGGACGCCAAACUACGGAUUCACCAGACUGUUCAACCACGUCGUUAUUUCCCUCUUGACCGGUCUCGUAUUCCUGCAGCUCGACGACUCCAGGGCGAGUCUGCAGUACAGGGUUUUCGUCAUCUUCCAGGUCACCGUCUUGCCGUCCUUGAUUCUUGCCCAGGUAGAGCCCAUGUACGACAUGGCUCGCUUGAUCUCGUACCGCGAACAAUCUAGCAAGAUGUACCAGCCGCUCGCGUUCACGCUUUCCAUGGUCGUUGCCGAAAUCCCGUACUCGAUUCUCUGCGCGGUCGCCUUCUUCGUCUGCAUCUACUUCCCGACCGGCAUGUCCGCCGACUCCGACCGCGCCGGAUACCAAUUCCUGAUGAUUCUGGUGUGCGAGAUGUUCUCGGUGAUCCUAGGCCAAGCCGUAGCCGCGCUGACCCCCAACUUCUUCAUCGCCUCGCUGCUGAACCCGUUCAUCAUCAUCGUCUUCGCCGUGUUCUGCGGAGUCACGAUUCCCAAGCCCAACAUUCCCGGCUUCUGGCGCGCAUGGCUCUACGAGCUCGACCCGUUCACGCGCCUCAUCGGCGGCAUGGUGGUCACCGAGCUGCACGACAUGCCCGUGGUCUGCAGCGGCAACGAGUACAGCCAGUUCCUUCCGCCCGCCGGCCAGACGUGUGGCGAGUACGCCGGCAGCUUCAUGGCGAGCGCCCCCGGUUACAUCCGCAACCUCAAUGCCACCGACGUGUGCCAGUACUGCGCGUACAAGGUCGGUGACGAGUUCUUUGGACCCCUCGACUUGAGCUUUGACAAUCGCUGGAGGGACAUGGGUAUCUUCAUCGCGUUCGUCGGCAGCACGCUGAUCAUCUUGCUGGCGGCGUCGAAGUUCUUGAAUUUCUCCAGGCGGUAGUGGAGCCACGGUCACCCAGACGUGUUUAUGUUUUUAAAAUUUCUUGCUAUUUUUCUUUCUUGUAUAUCUUUUGCAGCAUAGGGUGUAUGUGUGUGUAUGUAUGUGUAUGUGUGUGUCUCAUGUAUGUGUGUGUGGGGGGGAUGUGAUGAGUGUUGGAACGUUUAGACGGAGAUCUCGGAGUAAUGAUUGGUGCAAC